AUGCCGGUUCCGAGUAGUUCAACUCCGACGGUUGAAGGAGAGUCUCGGUCGAAUCUGAAGCCAAAGAUUCGAGCACCCCCCCCCCCCCCUCAAAGAGGAUUCACAAACCAUGAUUGGAAGAUCAUAGGGACGACGGAAGUUUCGAUGGAAGACGAAAUGACAGAUUGUCGGGAGUACUUCGAUGGCACGAGAAACUUCAAGUGUAGAGGAAGAUCUGGUGGAUGGAGCAGUCCCGGCGGAGUAGGCUCAUCCUUUCUUCAGUACGGUGAGGUUGCGGCUCCUCGUAAGUCGUGGCUGAGAGGCGAACUCCACAACUUUGUCGCUUUGUAA